UCUUCUAACACUUUUAUUUCUGACGGUACUCUGAUACGUGAAAUUUUAUGCGGGUGACGAAUCGGAACUCAAAAUUUAAAUAUUAAAUUAUUUAUUUUGCUCGAAUGACCAAUUGGGAUUUGGUGUAUGGAAAAAAUAGUUGGUGACCAAUCGGUACUAAUGACAAAUUGGGAAUAACUCCUUUAAAGAUAUAUAGCUGUGAUCUGAUGUGGUGUCCAAGAUGCCGUGCAAUCCGCCGAAGACCAAUGCGGACAAGAUGUGGCCGUACGAGGAGUACUACACAGGAGAGAGGGAUGAGGAGAACAGGAAGAAUGGGAAGGGAAUGCACAACUGGACUGGGGCUGAGUCUCUAGAGUCGUACAAUGGUUCCAUGCACCGGGAUACGAUGCACGGCGCUGGUGACUACCGCUGGCGGUAUUUAGGACCUGAACACUCCGCCUUUACCUACGAGGGCAGAUUCUACAACAACGCCUUGCAUGGGUAUGGCCUGAUGUCAUACCCAGAUGGACGGGUUUUUAAUGGUUUAUGGCAACAUAAUAUCCGCUGGGGUCCCGGAGUUGAGACCCACGCGUGUCUGCGAGAAGACGUGGGUCUCUGGUACGGGUACCAGCUCAUCAGAUUAGCCUGGCAACCGGCGGUGCCCAGCGUGGCCAUUGAUUUGGUGUCCAACCCAGUCGGUGCCACCGUGGUAGCACCGAAUCGAAUACUGCUGUCUACGAAUACGAGGAUUAUCGGUGAAGUGAACUCAGCAAUAGAACUUCUGAAACAAUAUGGGGCAAAGCCGUUGGCGGCCGCAGAAAAAUGGAAGAAGUUGUACCCUAAGAACUGCACCGACACUUCCAGCCAGCUUUGUCAUGUGGAGGCCUUCGAUCGCGCUUACUAUGAUAACCAGAUCGAAACGCUGGUUGAAGUCGCUCCGGAAGAAAUUGAAGUUAAAGAAAAGGACGGAAGUUCCGCUAGUAAAGAUAGUGCCACGGAAACUAAGACGUAUUAUUACGCUUGGAAUAACAACAAGACUUUGAUCCAUAUGAUGAAGCACUGCUUUACGCAUGAGUUUCAGAGGAAGGACGCUCGAGUCAGCCUCAAAAAUAUACUGUCUGGUCCCAGAAAGGCCUUUAAGCCAGCUGGCAAGCACGAAUUGGAUUGUAGGACAAUACUAAUGGCAGCGUAUUUGGGACAUAUCGCGAAUGUAGCCCAGCUUAUAAAUGAAAGUGACGUCAUGUCUGAUGUUUCUGAUUUGCAGGGAAACUCUGUUAUUAUGUAUGCGGCUUGUGGGGAUCAACCAGAUAUUAUACAAUUCCUAGUGGAAGCUGGAGCAGAUGUGGACGCGUACAAUGACGCGUGCUGCACACCACUUGGUAUCGCUCUGUUGAGAUACACUUUGGAGAAGCAAGGCAUACCAUACAAUGCGAUGUUACAAGCUAUACUACCACCACCGCCUGCAGGACCCCUUUCACCAAAAGAAUCAAUUCUGGAAUGGCAUAUAAACCGUGACUUACAACCAGCUACAGACAGUUUACAAAAGUCCCCCAGCAAACAAAAUAACAAGCCUCCUCUAGGAAGAAAACCUUCAGUGAAAGACAUACCGACUGCUGGAGGUAAAAAAAAACCAGACACGUCACCAAAACUUGAAGUGCAAAAACUGUCCGAAUCUGAUACGAAAACGGACACAGUCGAAGAUAAGCGAGUUUAUGAUAGUAUUAAUACUGAAUACUUGAUACAAGUUGCCGAAGCAUUUUCAGUAAUCAGUGAGGUUAGCCCGAUACCGUACAUUUUUGAAGUGCACGACAUGAGUAGAGACGUGCUCUUGUUAACUGAGGAGGACCAGAAGAAGCAGCCAGAGAAGAAUACAAAGAAAAAUUCGUCUAAACUUUUUAAGGAUACUAUGAAACCUAGCAGAGACAAUAUGUGGCAAGACAAGGAAGAUGUUAUUGAUACUAUUGAACAAAUGAAACAAGAAAAGCUGUCGCGGAUAAUGGGGACUAUCCUACAGUUGUUGCAUGAAGGUGCGGACCCGCGCAAAGUGACAUGUCCGCAGCCGGCAUUGGUAAUAGCCGCCGUGUCGGGUUCCGCAGAUCUAGUGCGCCACCUAAUGAACUAUGGUGCAGAUCCUGAUGAAGAAUAUCCACAAUUAUUUGGCUACUCGACUUUGGACCUGGCAGUCAGUGGGCCACUAACCUACGACAACUUGGAAGUGAUACGCACAUUGUUGGAGCAUGGGGCGAACCCAAACCGUCGGCUGGAAGUCCCUGAACCACUGAGACCGUCUAGUGUAGUGGUUCCCGAGGUCACCAAAGAUGAUGGAGCAACGUUACUGCACGCGGUAAUUGCAAGGAAAGUUGAGGCUGAACCUGAAAGUGUUAAUGUUAUCGAGAUCCGUAACCAAAUUGUCGAGUUACUGCUUAAAUAUGGGUGCAGUCCUAUAGCCCAAUAUAACGGGUUAUCUGCGGUAGACGUAGCCAUGACCAAAAGUAUGGACUUAUUUGACAUCUUCAUAAAAAGCCCCCAAACUGACCUCAAUGCCAUUAUCAACAAUUCCAACCAAACUAUGCUAGUCAAGAUGUUUUACUUCCCUUUUUGCAAAUCUAUACCACUCUCGGAGAGAUUGCAGACGCUAACAAAUCUGCUAUUGUUUGGAGCGGACCCAUUAAUAAAAUGCCGGAAUGGAAAAGAAGAGUAUGACAAUCUGUUCGUGUAUGUGAGAAAGACGUUACUUGAGUUAGAAUCUGCGCGCAAACCUCCCAGUCCCACAGGCGCAAAAAAAAGUAAAAGCGAGUAUAAGCCCAAAAAAGAGGAAAAAGCGCCUGCAAAGCCCGCAGCAGGAGCGAAAGGCGCAAACCCAGGCGGUGCUAAGACACAAGGGAAGGCCCCUGAUGACAGUCCUGGUGAUUAUAGACAGGCGCUAGAGCUCGUGGUCGAGUGUGCGAGACUUCUGUAUAUAAGGUGGCUGCAAGCGAAGCUGAUGAAGGAGCUCAUUGACAUUGUAAACAAGUUCAGCCAUCGUCACUGGAACAUGAUUCUAAAAGAACAUAAGAAUAAGAAAUGUGCAGGUCUAUGGUUGACUGCAUUUAGAUGUCUAGAGAUUUGGGAUGUCCUGAAAACAACGAAGAAAAAAAUGUACAACGAUGAAAACAUUUUGAAAAAAACUUUGUGUAUAAUUCAUUUUUAUUACAAGAGGACACGAAAAAUCUUGCGGUGUCCCUCACUAACGUUUCAAGAGAAAGAAUUGAUAGACCGGGAAGUAAAAGUUUUGAUUCAUGAACAUAAAUUGGCUACAAUGUCGACUCCGGACAUGGUACCAGCUAUUCGGCCUUACGUUACUCCCGAACUGACUGUUAAAGGGGCAGAAAAAUUCAACGUGUGCUUCGAAUGUGCCAUGCCGCUACUUGAUGACGCUAAGAUUACUUGCGACUCAUGUAAACUCGUCUCAUUUUGCUCAUUUGAGUGCAUGAAAAUUAAUGUCGAUAGAGUAAAUUGUCAUCCAUGCAGCAGUCAUCUAAAAGACAAGUACUUCCCAACUCCAGAAUCAACUGAAACUACCACAGAAGUUACUUAAUUAUUGUCUUUCAUGCUUUCAUGCUGUUUUUGUGGCACUCCACGUUUUUGUGCUAAUUAGUUUAUCUUGUUUUUUUUGCUACAACAUGGAAAUAAAAUAAUUGAAUCUUUCUGAAUAAAAUAAUUUAAGGCGGCAGUAAAAUUUUUUAUCGUUAUUAUUGCGCUAUUUGACAUUGACAUAAACUUACAUGACAUAACAGUUCAAAAGUCAAACAAAACAAAACCGACUGAACCCGGGCCAAAGCAGGGUCUGUCAAGUUUGUUCUACGAAUUGCAUUAAGGUGGGCUUGAAAACAAGAGAGAGUCAACGACAUCAGAGUAAAAGAGAUAAAUAUAUAAUGUUGCCACCAAAAAUACAAUUUCGUAUUCUCCCUAAUAAUGAGCGUAUAAAUUGAUUUUUAAAGUAAAUUACCCUUGAAGAUACUUUUAGCUAUUAUUCUAAUGCCAAAAAAUAUACUUAGUUGAGAAAUAUUAGAUAUAAAAUUUAAUAUUACUUAUUAGAAAAUAUAUAUGGGGGAUUAUGUGUGGCAACACUAAUGUCCGGACGCCAUAUUGGUUUUGACAUUGUUGACGUCACAAGAAAAAUGUCUGCGGCCGGUUGCGCACCAUUUUAUCUUGUACUAAUGUUUAUUUGUAAUAAAUAAACUACUUCCAUUUAAUUCUACAUACAUUGAUAACGUUGAGUCGAGCUUGCUCCUCCGUUGCUGUGUUUUGGUGAAAUUAAGUGUGUAUUUGUGAGAUAUAGACUCGGUGUUGAGACAGUGACUUGUUUGAUUUUGUUUUGUGUUUAAUUCGCGAUGAGUUCACAAAAAGAAAACACAAGAAUCUGCUGCUUGUGUGGAUCUUCACCUUCUAAAGAUCCCAGCAUCACUUUGCAUCGGUUUCCAAAGCCUGGCACUAAAAAUGCUCUGCGGUAUGUACACUCCAUGCUAUUCGUCUUAGACGACAUAGAAUACCACAUUUAUUGUUAAUUCCGCUUCUAACUACCACAAACUCACGUAACAUAUAUACCUAUAUACUUAAGUCCCAACUUUCCUUGCCAAAAUCAUUAGGUACUUACUAUAAAAGUUUUCUUGCUUACACCAUUCCCGUAUCUAAUAUAACAUCUCUUUCAAUCAAAGCGAAGACUACCCACUGACAUGAUAUAAUAAUAUCUUAACUCGGAAAAUGAUUAAAAUAGUGUGUAAUUUGAGAGCAGUGGUGGCCGAGUGGUAACUGCCCCAACUUACGAGUGGUAGGUCGCGGGUUCAAACCCGAUCUGGCGCAUAACUUUGUGUAAUUUAUUUCGUCACUACUGCUCUCAAAACGGUGAAGGAAAACAUCGUGAGGAAACCAGCAUGUCCUAGAACCAAAAAAAAAUUCGAAGACGUGUGACAUCCACCAAUCCGCACUGGGCCCGCGGGGUGGAUUAUGGCCCAAGCCCUCUCCUAGAGAGGAGGCUGUGUCCCAGCAGUGGGAACAUUAGAAGGCUGAUGAUGAGUGUGUAAUUUU